CGCCCCCCAUGCGCCAGGCGGCCGGACGGCGGCGUCGGGGGGCGCCAUGGCCUCGGCGGCGGCGGGCGAAGCGGAAGAGACCACCCGGCUGCGCAAGCCGCGCUUCUCUUUCGAAGAGAACCAGAUCCUGAUCCGCGAGGUGCGUGCCCACUACCCGCAGCUCUACGGCGCUCAGAGCCGUCGGGUGAGCGUGGCGGAGCGGCGGCGAGUGUGGGACGGCAUCGCCGCCAAGAUCAACGGCAUCACCAGCUGGAAGCGCACGGGCCAGGAGGUGCAAAAACGCUGGAACGACUUCAAGCGCCGCACCAAAGAGAAGCUGGCCCGCGUGCCGCACUCCACGCAGGGCGCCGGGCCUGCCGCCGAGGACGCUUUCUCCGCUGAGGAGGAGACCAUUUUUGCCAUCCUGGGACCGGGUGUGGCGGGGUCAGGAGCUAGUGCAGGGGCCGAGCAGCCCCCCGCGACUGCUUCUUCACAGCCGCCAGCCCCGAGUGCCUGCGCCCAACGCUAUGUGCUGUCUGAGGAUCGCAGGGAAGAUCGACGCGCGGACACACCAGCCCACGGCAAGGGGGGCUCCAGCAGCCCAGAGCCUUGGGCCAGAGCCUCCUGCAAUCCCCAGGAAGGGGGCUGCCAGCCACCCAAGGAGCGUGAGUCCUCGUCCCCUCCAGCCCUGCAGACGGUCCAGCUGCCCCGCCUGGCCUUGUCUCCACCGCCCCACUCCCCCAAGGUGGAGGUCACCCCAGAGCCGGUGUCCGUGGUGGCGGCCGUGGUGGAUGGGGCCGUGGUGGCAGCCCGGGGGGUGAUCAUUGCCCCGAGGAGCGAGGAGGGGGCCCUCCGGCCACCCCCUGCCCCUCUCCCACCCCAUGACUCCCCCCCCCACAAAAGGAGGAAAAGUUUCCCUACACGGAAGAGGCGGGGGCGAUGGAAAUCUCCCUGAAAUCUGCCAUGGGAUUUGAGCUUGUCUACGCACCUUUUGCCUGCACCUCCUCCCCAACCUUAGCCCUGUGGAGGAGGGCAAUGCACCUUCCCUUCCCAGCUGCACCCCGGCUCCCUGCUGCAGGGGCACAAGCACCCCACCCCCUGUACUAGUUAGUGCCUGAUUCUGGGGCGGGGAGGCCUCCUGGAUGGGCCCCCCAGCCCUUUCUCCAGUACAGCGCUGUCUGCCUGGCUGCUUCCCCCAACCCCGACUUCUAAGCCAUGGAUUUUAUGUUAUUUAUUAUAUAACAUAAUAAUAUGGUGGGUUGCGGAGGGAAACCUGCACUACCCCCCACCCCCGCCCCCGCCCCUAACAACUCCUGGCCUUGACUUGAAGAGAACUUACCCACCUCCCCAACCCAAACUUUGGAGGGGGUGGGGGCUGCAAGACAAAUCAGGAUGAAGAGGAGACCGCAGUUUGUACCCUAGGGAGGGAAGGGGUGGAGUUCUCACUGGGGAGAUGGAGGUCGAGCCUUCUGCCUCCCACUGCAGGUCUCUGACCUCCGGAGCUUAACCCCUCUGUCCUCCCCAGUGAGCAGAUAUCAAUAAACUUAUUUUUUAAUACAAUUA